UCUCACCUGGUCCUCGAGCGUACAAAUUUGCUGCUGCAAGUUAUCAGCGUUAUCGUCGUCAGUGUAACGCAGCAAGUGCUCGGGGAUGCGCAGCGUGGACGAAUCGCGAGCUGGACUAGCGAGUAUAAGAGGGACGCCGCGCGUCGCGACGCCACACAAUCUCCGGUUGGUCCUGAAGCGAACGCGCGUAGGCAGAUUCGGUGGUGAAGAAUAAAGAUCCUUGCCAACUACGGUCUCACUUCCGCUUCCAUUUCACGAUAAACAUGUCCUCCGGACGUCAUUUGACGAGGCUGCUGCUCGUUGUUGGCCUCCUAAACGCUGCUUCCGCCGCGAUCAAAGGGAACACCGAUUAUCAGCACUAUCAGCAACAGUUUCCCGGAGAACGUUUCGCAUCAAAGGAUUUUUACCGUCCCGACUUGAAGAACGGAUUGUUUAAUACCUACAGGCGUUUCAAACCAGUCACAGAUUGCAUGUUCGUGACGUCAGAGCCAGGUUCUUUCAUAUACACCUCAGAGUCUAACAACGAAAAGGUUUGCGGAAUUUAUUUUCUGGCCGAACCCGAUGAAAAAGUGGAGAUAAACUUCAUCAGUUUCGACGUUCCCUGCGAACACCAUGGACUUGUCUCGGUGGUCGAUGGAUGGGAGUUGAACGGCGAAGUGUUUCCCAGUGAAAUAGAUCAUCGAUUGCCGCUCAAGCAAAGAAGCACCGAAUUCUGCGGUAAAAAUAUCGGCAUGAAAAGAACCUUCGCCAGUUCACAGAACGUUGCUGUUAUACAAUACAGAAUUCCGAAAGCCGGGAAGGGUUUCACUGUGCUUGCUAGAUUCAUAAAAAAUCCCAGACCCUGCAAUGUCUUAGCAACGAGCAUAAACGAGCCGUUUACGAUCCGUAAUUACGGAAGACGGAUAAAUUGCACCUACGUAGCACUGUAUCCAGCAACCGUGCAAGUAAUCGCACUCGAAGUCGGCGUAUCUAAUUUCCUUGGUUCCGUUCGCACCACUGAAACCGGAACUUUGCAGAAAUGCGAGGAAACCAGUCCACACGAUCGAGUGGUAAUUGGAGGUAGCUACGGUCUGGACACGUCUAAAGUUCAGAUAGUUGAUUCUAUUUGUGGAAUAGAUUCUAAACCAGAUUAUCGUGAGGUGGUAGAGUACGGUGUUACCUCCAUACGGUUAAUAUCGAGCGGCUUUUUUGAAAACUCUAUCACGGUGCAAAUUCAGCCACUGAAGGAGGAUUUAUUCGACACGAAUAUUAGUCUCUAAUUGAUAUAGGCCGUUCAUCGUUGGCGCUUGAAGUUGAGUAACUUCAUUGUAAAUUGCAUUUAUUAUCAAAUGAAUCUGACAAAGAUCCCAAAAUUUAGUCCACUGUUCAGAGAUUUUGCGAAAUCAGUUCAUUAGAUUCUACUUUCGGUAGUCAAAAGAUAUUGAGUGUACUUUGGAUCUUUGUUAUAAUUUAGUAGGCUGUUGUGUGAGUGAGUGUAUUUUAUUGCGAGAUCAUUUUUUAAUUAACGCUCAAAUCAUGGAAGUCUACAUUGAAUGUAAAAUAUUUUGUCUUAAACGUUCCUUUCCCGAGAUCUCUCUCAUAAUUUGAUAGAAGGUAACUUGUGAUAAAUGGAUUUCAGUACACGUGUUGGAUGUGUAGAUUUCUUGUGUCGAUAGUAAUAUAAUCGUUUUAGAAAUUUAGUGGAAGGCCUUGGAUUUUUAUUCUUGUAAAAGCUAAAUUGGUUAAUAUGUGCCAAUUGCUUUUAACAACUGAAUAAAUAUUAGUUAUUUGUCAACGUUCAUUUAUUUAUUACUGCUAUCG